AUGAGGGAGAAGAGCAAGAAAGUUGCAGAGAUUCCUUUCAAUUCCACCAAUAAGUACCAGCUGUCAAUCCAUGAAACCGAAGACCCCAAUGAUAACCGCUACCUGUUGGUAAUGAAGGGAGCCCCAGAAAGGAUUCUGGAUGUCUGCUCCACCAUCUUGAUCCAAGGAAAAGAGCAGCAAUUGGACGAUGAGAUGAGAGAGGCUUUCCAGAAUGCAUACUUGGAGCUGGGGGGACUUGGCGAGAGAGUAUUAGGCUUUUGCCACUACUACUUCCCCGAGGAGCUGCACCCAAAGGGCUUUGCUUUUGAUACCGAAGACCUUAAUUUCAGCACUGAGAACCUGUGCUUUGUGGGGCUCAUGUCUAUGAUUGACCCACCUAGAGCUGCUGUGCCUGAUGCUGUGGGCAAGUGCAGAAGUGCAGGCAUCAAGGUUAUCAUGGUAACUGGAGAUCAUCCAAUCACAGCAAAGGCAAUUGCGAAGGGUGUGGGCAUCAUCUCAGAGGGUAAUGAGACAGUGGAGGACAUUGCAGCCAGACUCAACAUCCCUGUGUCCCAGGUUAAUCCCAGGGAUGCCAAGGCUUGUGUAAUCCAUGGAACAGACCUGAAGGACAUGAGCACCGAACAAAUUGAUGAGAUCCUUCAGAACCACACAGAGAUUGUCUUUGCCCGCACAUCUCCUCAGCAGAAGCUGAUCAUUGUGGAAGGAUGCCAGAGACAGGGCGCUAUUGUGGCUGUGACUGGUGAUGGUGUGAAUGACUCCCCUGCCCUAAAGAAGGCCGACAUUGGGGUAGCUAUGGGCAUUGCUGGCUCUGAUGUCUCCAAACAGGCUGCUGACAUGAUUCUUCUGGAUGAUAACUUUGCUUCAAUCGUCACUGGUGUUGAGGAGGGUCGCCUUAUCUUUGACAACCUGAAGAAGUCAAUUGCCUACACCCUGACCAGUAACAUUCCAGAGAUCACCCCCUUCCUGCUCUUCAUUAUGGCCAACAUCCCCCUGCCUCUGGGCACCAUCACCAUCCUGUGCAUUGAUCUGGGCACUGACAUGGUUCCUGCUAUUUCCUUGGCCUAUGAGGCAGCUGAGAGUGACAUUAUGAAGAGACAGCCAAGAAAUCCCCGUACAGACAAACUGGUGAACGAAAGAUUAAUUAGCAUGGCUUACGGGCAGAUUGGUAUGAUUCAGGCUCUUGGUGGCUUUUUCUCCUACUUCGUCAUUCUGGCAGAAAAUGGUUUCUUGCCAUCUCACUUGGUGGGCAUUCGGCUAAACUGGGAUGACAGGACAGUUAAUGACCUGGAAGACAGCUAUGGCCAACAGUGGACAUAUGAGCAGCGCAAGAUUGUGGAAUUCACUUGUCACACUGCCUUCUUCGUCAGUAUUGUGGUUGUACAAUGGGCUGAUGUCAUCAUCUGUAAGACCAGAAGAAACUCAGUAUUCCAGCAGGGCAUGAAGAAUAAAAUCCUAAUUUUCGGUCUUUUUGAAGAAACAGCGUUAGCAGCUUUCUUGUCGUAUUGCCCUGGAAUGGACAUUGCACUGAGAAUGUAUCCACUAAAGCCCAGCUGGUGGUUCUGUGCCUUCCCAUACAGCUUCCUCAUCUUUAUAUAUGAUGAGAUCCGGAAACUUAUCCUUAGGCGACACCCAGGAGGUUGGGUAGAAAAAGAAUCCUAUUAUUAA